AUCAAUACCAUCAUGCCUCCUUUCACUGCCGCUAUGCUGAACGCCACCCCCUCUCCAGAACCUGAGCCUGUGGCGCAAGGUCACCCUGAGGAUGUGCCUAUGGCUGACGCUAGCGCUGAAUCCAAUACCGAUCGUCUCCUCAGCGCCUGGGCCUCUUCCUUGGUGUCAUUGGAAGCGUGUGUCAUGGCGGCGCCUGAUCUCAAGCCGGAGCUCCUCGGGGAUCAAGAGAUGUGGAUGCGCGAGCGGCAUUCUGUGCUCGCAACCUUGAACGGCUGUUCUGAGCGCGCGGAUGUACUGGGCGUGGAGUUGGAUAUGGACAAAAAGAGCGCGGAGUUCCUGAAGCAGGGGUGCAAGGGUUGUGAGGAGAUUGAGGCGCUGGUGAAGGGAUGGAAGGCGAAGGCGAUUGAGACUGUUCCAGAGGCGCCUCCCAAGCGUGCUGCGCGCGCCACUGACACUACCGGUGCUGAGGUGCGCGCCACUGAUGCAUCUGGUACAGAUGUGGCCGAACAG